UUGUACCCACAGCUUAGCGGCAUGAGCAUCGGCGCCACGGCAACCUUCUGGUGUGACCCCGGCUUCUCUCUGAUCGGUGCAGGCACCAUCCACUGUCAAGACAAGGGGCAGGUCACUGGAUCCUGGUCCGACUCCUUCCCUCACUGCGCUGCCGAUGCUGAGGAGUUGAGCCUGCCGCCCCUGGUGCAGGCGGGCUGCCGGGACCCUGACAUGGGGGACCGGUUCUACCUGGUGGGACAGUCCUGGGGCAAGCACGUCCACGGCAUCACCUACAGCUGCGAGUGUGAGGCCGACCAGCAGUUCUUCUGCAGGGAGGGGUCCGGACUCGACUGGGCAGCCCUUGGAUUUGACCUGCAACUUCCCCCACAGGCGCAAGCUUUUGCAGCUGCGUCCCCGAUGGUAGUGGAGGCGACCGAAGGGUGUUUCGACCCGGACAUGGGCAGGUCCUACGAUGAAGGCAGCCGGUGGGCCAAGGCCGUGGUGGGAGAGAUCCAGGUGUGCCAGUGUCAGGGCGCUGGGCGCGGGGGAGGCCGGAUCUCCUGCCGUGUCGCGGGAGACGCUGCCAUCAGGUCCGGUCCUCUGCAACUUGAGGCCUGCUACGAUGAGGAGACCGGACAAGCCUACCUGGUCGGGCAGCACUGGAUCAAGGGCCAACUGAAUCAAGUCUGCAACUGCGUCCAGGGCGACCACAUCGUCUGCCAGUAGAAACACCCUCGACAGAUCUUCGUCUUAUGAAAGGCGAUUCGGAUCGGCCCUGCUCCCGUCGUAAAAGUGUCUUGCUUGAUACAAAAGCUAAAUCAUAUUCUGUAUUUGAUAGCAUAUUACUAAGGAUGUAAUGAUACCUACCGGUUUCAUUACAAACUGCACCCAAACUCAGUAUAUUUGACAAUUGUCUUAAAGGCACUGCAUCGUGGCAUAAGAAAUUGAAAAUUCAAGUUCCAUGUAACGUGGAUUGACAUUCUGAAAUAAACCCUUAUGUGAACAGCUCAA